CUAAAAUAGCAAGUUUGCUAUCUCUAAACUUUCGCAUGUCACAUGUAGCAUGUCGUCCUCACUAGCUAUCAUAUACAAAUGUUGUUGUGAAACCCUAUGCUUUGAGUGAGUUUUUUAUUCUACACAAUGGCUAAAUCUUGUAGUUUAGAAUAUAAUUUUAGGAGAUGCUCUAAAUGAGGUUAUUUUUGUUAUUGUUUGGCUGAAGAACAUGUUCUAAUGCGAGGAGCAACUCAGAAAUCUACCUCAACUUCAAAUGAUCUCGUGCGAUGCUGUUUCAAAAUCUGUGACUGCUGAUUGAUUGCCUUGAGGAAGAAUAUAUAUCCGGGCCCAGGCCCCAGGGGAAUGGGAUGCCAGAUUAAUAAACGACACAACUCUUGAAGGCUUCAAUCGCCCUUCUGUUCCUCGGUGUGUCUUUCUUGUUGGCUCUGUCGAUACAUAAUGGUGAUGUUGCCCCAAUGCUUACAUUCUUUUUGGGCAUGCCUCCACUGAUGGAAAUUUGGUAUGCGUUUUCUCAUGACGUGAAGAUUGAAAUUAGGCAGAAGCAAGCAAUGUCUUUAAAUAAACUUUGCUUAUUGUGUGGUAGUAUCCAAGUAUCACUCAGUCAGCAUGGAGGAGAUAGCAGCCGUAUACGCCCCAAACUUGCCCGUUGUGUUCUUGGAGGCUUGGCCAAAAUUUUCAGUAUGAUGCGAGGUGCCCGUAGUUUUCUUGGAGGCCCCAGAAUCUGCAGUAUAAUGCGAAUUUGUUCAGUCUGGGUUUUAUCCCACGUCCACGCCUAUCACGUGACGGCCACGAUUUAUUCGCCGUACGGACUGGAUGCGGCCGCUGUCCACUGUCACUGUGAGUGGCAACGGCCCAACGCGGCUCUUGCUCUUCUUCCCUUCCGAAUUCCCGAUCAACCGCCUCGGCCUCGGCCCAGCACGACGUGGCACGUGGAACGCCACACAGGGAAGGGAAGGGGCUGAGGGAGCACCGGAGCAGGCGAGGUAGCCGACGCCGAGCAGAUCAGUUCCAGCGGCCGGUGCGUGCGAGGCGUGACCGAUGGCGGCCGCGUCGCUGCUGAGCCGGGUGCGGUGGCUCCUGGUGGAGCACCCGGCGGUGGCCUCGUUCCGCUGGCAGCCAGGCCGCACGGUCGGCGCGACGGCGUCCUUCGCGGCCGCCGUCAUCUGCGGCUACCUCGCCGCGGUGCUCGUCCUCCGCCGCCUCGUCCUGCCGCGCGUCCCGCCGCUCCCUCCGCCGGCGCUCCGCGCGGCAUCCGCCGCCCACAACGCGGUCCUGCUGGCGCUCUCCGCCGCCAUGGCCGCCGGGUGCGCGCUCUCCACGGCCGCCGCGGCGCCGGCGCCGCGAAGGUGGGCGUGGCCCUUCUGCUUCCCGCCGCGGGGCGCCACGGAGGCGUCGGGCCCGGUCUUCUUCUGGGCGCACGUCUUCUACCUCUCCAAGGUGUACGAGCUCGGCGACACGCUGCUCAUCCUGCUGGCCCGCCGCCCGCUCACGCUGCUCCACGUCUACCACCACGCCGUCGUCGUCGCCAUGUGCUACCUCUGGCUCGCCACGCGCCAGUCCCUGAUGCCCAUCGCGCUCGUCACCAACGCCGGCGUGCACGUCGUCAUGUACGCCUACUACCUCUCCUGCAGCGUGGGGCUGCGCUGGCCCAACCGCUGGAAGCGCGCCGUCACCGAGCUGCAGAUCGUGCAGUUCCUCUUCAGCUUCGCCGCCUCCGUGGUGAUGCUGUGGCUCCACUUCACCGCCGGCGGCUGCGAGGGGAUGGCCGGCUGGGUGUUCAACGCCGUCUUCAACGCGUCGCUGCUCGCGCUCUUCCUCAACUUCCACGGCGCCGCCUACAAAGCCGGCAAGGGCAACAAGGGUAAAGCAGAAUGACGAGGCCAAACAACCUGAUUAGCCGGCAAUCAAUUCCUCGUGAGGUUUAAAUGGAUUUCAUUACGCUGUUGUGAUAGAGCAAAUUUAUGAUUUGAAUCUUAUUUUAACCACUCCCGAAAACAUUUGUUUGAUGUUGCUUCUUCGAUGUGACAUUUGGUGUAGCCAAAUCACUGAUCCCAACUCUCUGAAGUCUGAAAGACUUGUUGGAAUAGUACACACUGACCGCCCUUGGAGUAA